UUGAGUUACUUGAAACGAAAGUGGAAGUCAGACUUACUUGUUUAUGGGUUAAAUUGAGAUUGAAUCUUAUCUUAAAGCAGUGUUAUGGUUGGGUGAUAUUAAUUAACAUCAUGGAAGAGGAAUCCUUCACAAUCCAUGGACUUCACGUUAAGGAAGAGGUUGAUCCAAGAAAAAAUGAAACAACAGAUUCACAUCAGAACUCAGUAGACUUUAUUUCUUUAUAUGAUGACGACGAAGGUGUUCAAAAUCAAAACAAAGAGAUUUCUAUGGAAGAAGAUUUGAAGAAUUUAUCUCUCGCAUCUGAAUUACUACAUGGGGAAAAUUCCUCAACUGAAAAUACAGAAAACGAGGAAACAAGUUUAGUUUACAGUGACCCUGAAAUAUCAAAUCCAACUGCAAACUCGAGCAAAUAUGCCUAUUCAGAGAGCAUCAAACAUAUAGAGAAAGAAAGCAUAGCAGAAUGGACACCAUUGGGACAGAGUGGAUCAAAAAGUAAGGAGGAUGCCCCCAAGAAGAAAUUGGAACUCAGACAGUAUCAACAAGAACUGGCGGAAAGAGCUUUAAGAGGAGAUAACUGUAUAAUUAUCUCUCCCACUGGCAGUGGCAAAACAGUGGUGGCCAUUAGAAUAAUUCAGUAUCACCUUGAAAAACUUGAAAAAGGUAAGAAAAUUGCCUUUGUUGUGGACAAAAACAAUCUAGCAAAUCAACAGGCCGAGAAAAUAGAAGAAUAUAUACAAUGCAGAUUGAAGGUUAUAUCUGGAGACAUUCAAAGGGAACAGGAAAAUGUUCAGGAUAUUGCAUCCUUUUUCCCUCAAUAUGAUGUUCUUGUGGUCACUGCUCAAAUGCUGGUCAAUGCUUUAAACAAACAGAAUGUCAACAUUCGGUCUUUUUCAACUCUUAUUUUUGAUGAGUGUCAUCACUGUUGUGGAACCCAUCCAUUUCAGAAGAUAAUGAAUCAUUAUUUAGACGCGAAAUUAGAAUACUUCGGCGGGGAAUGCCAGCUUCCACAAAUCAUCGGCUUCACGGCAUCAAUAGGUCUGGGCAAGUCCAACACUGUCCAGAAAACAAUAGAACAUGUAAAGACCACCUUAGCAAAUAUGGACGCUAAUUAUUUAGUGACGGUUCAGAGAAACAAGAGUGAAUUGGCAAAACAUAUGAACAACCCAAGACAAUACAUUACAACUGUACCUGUCCGAAGAAACGACGAGUUUGGGACACAUAUAAGACUUCUUAUGAUUAAAACUGAGAAAUAUUUAGACGACGCGGGAGUCGGAUUUCUACGUCCUCCAGCGGCAAAAGGGAGUACACAAUACAAAAACUGGUUAGAAGACGCUCUUUUGAAAGCAGUAGCUCAGAUUUCUGAAACAGAUACAAACCGAUCAUUGUUCACUUUGAGGAAGUAUUUAGAGAUUUACAACAAUGCACUUGUCCACUUUUCACAUGCCACAGCAAUAGAUGUUCUACACUUUAUAAUAAAGGAAAUACGCAAUCUUCCAAAACUGUCUGGACACACUGAACUGGAACAAAAAAUUAAAAAUUUGCUGGAAGAGGAUUAUACGACGUUGGAAGCAUGCGCCAUGGAUCAUACGAGAACAUCAGAAAACCCCCUUUUGCUUAAGCUGAAAGAAAUCAUACUCACCACAUAUGCUGAGAACCAAGACAUGAGGGGAAUAGUGUUUGUUCGAUCACGUAUUCUUGCAGAACUUCUGGCCUCUUGGAUAGAGAAUACAAAGGAAUUACAGCACAUCAAAGCUCUUAGAUAUACUAGUUCCCUAGCAAAACUUUCAGAAGGAGGCAUGACAAGAUAUGAACAAAUAGAUGCUCUCGACCUUUUCAAGGAGGGUCAGUAUAAAAUUAUUGUGGCCACUACUGUUGCAGAGGAGGGACUAGAUAUCAAGGAAUGUAAUCUUGUCGUCAGAUACGAUUAUGUUGGAAGUGCGAUAUCAUUGGUUCAAGCUAGAGGUCGUGGUCGAGCAGAAAACAGUCGAUUUUACAUUCUGGCUUCAGAGGAUAAAUGCGUUGCUGAAAGAGAGCAAAUGAAUGUCUUACGGGAACCAAUGAUGGAAGAAGCAAUGAGAAAUGUACAGCAGCUAAUUGAAUACAAUUAUAGUUCAUACCUCACCCAAAAACGAGAGAUUCAGCAGCUUGCUAAAAGGGAACGUUGGGCAGCAAAACUAAAUCAAGUUCAGAAGAGAGUACUGAAUCUAGGCCUAGGAGAAUAUUAUUUAAGGUGCUUAAAAUGCCAUGCACACCUCUGUAUGUCGAGCGACAUAAGGAGGAUUCUGAAUCAUCAUUAUGCUUGUAUCAGUCCAGAUUUAAAGUAUAGUAUCAACUGUACUAAGUUCGAAACGCCAUCUUAUCCUGGUGAGGAUAUUGAAAUGGGAGUUGGUCAGAUUGAUUGCAUUGGAAAAGGAUGUUCAGUGAAACUGGGAACCAUUGCUUUUUACGAAGGAAUAUUUUAUCCUAUUCUGAAUAUAAAGGCACUGAAGAUAGAGAAUGACUUCGAAAAGGGGAACACGCUUAAAAAGUGGGGUAUGGUAGAGAAAUAUUUUACGGUGCCAGACCUUUCGACAAAUGAUAUUGAAAACGUUUUAAAAUCUGGAAAACUUGUCGAAUUUAGCUAGAAUGAUAUGAAAG